AUGGAGGACUUCAACCACUUGGUCGAUAUGCCGACGUCUGAGAGUUCUUUUCGGUACAUGUAUGCGGAAUCUGAUCAAUAUCUGGACGUACACUCUUCGGGAUCUCAAAGCUCAGACAGCUCACCAUACGAUGUGGCUUCCCUAAUGGACCCCAACAUAUAUGCCGGCACCUAUCAAGGCCUGGAGUCGGAAGAUGAGUCUUCGCAGCAACCGACCCAUGAGCAGAAGCCCAAAAGAAAGCGAGAGAACCGGUAUAAGAAUGCACCCCCGUCUGUCCUGUCGCGUCGAAGAGCCCAAAAUCGCGCUUCCCAAAGAGCUUAUCGUGAACGCAAGGACCAACGGAUAAAGGACCUCGAGCAGAUGCUCAAUGAGGCCAAACAACACAACAAUGCCCUUGGCCAGGCUUACGCUGCGCUCCAGGCCGAAUAUGAGGCACUCAAAGCCUCUCAAUUCAAGGAUGUUGGUUAUUCAACUGCCAGCAACCUGACUUACCAGAAUCCGCCGCUACCAACAAGUAUGGCAAUGAGCAGCACUGGAUUUGAUCUGGAUUUGUACGCGUACCAUGAGUUGAGCGCCAACAGAGGGUAUCAUAUGUUUGGAAAGACAGCCUAA